AUAAGUUGCACGUGCUUAAAGUGUCGACUAAAAAAAUAAAAUUUUUCCCAAAUGAGGCGAAAAAAAAUAAUAAAAGUGUGAAAUUAUUAACGAUGAGAUAUGCCAAAUCGAAUACCCAGCUGCUCGGAAGGGCAACAGCUCACCGUCCUACGGAAAACUAGAGAAAAAUUGCUCAAGUGGUUGCACAUUUAUAAUCAGAAUAGUAAUGGCCGUGCUGGUGGCGAUACCGAUGUGCAACUGGACGAAGAAUGCGCCAAAGUAUUCGCCAUGGACACCGGCGUGUCCACUGUAUUCGAUUUCCACGAUCCAGACGGAUACCACAAACCCAAAUUCGACGAAAAGGAUUACAAAGAACACAGACAAGAGCAAUAUCCUCAUAUACGUGUCCCCAUCAAAAAACCGCUAAAGUCUAUGAGACGUCGAAACAAUAAUUCUUUAGACAACUCCGCUCAGAACACCCCCACGGACACUCCAAAAGAUUCCUCCUCUGCCACCCCAACUACUGAACACCAACUCAGUUUCAGUAACCACAGCAGUAUUCGUUCGAAAAUCGAAGAUUCUGAAACCGGUCCACUAAACUCCCCCGUGACUCUGGAAGCCGAAGAUCCAGGAAACGAAAGCUCAGAUUCCGAGUGCGUCGUUUCUGAUCCUUGCAAUUAUUUACUGAAUGAUGGUUCUGAGACUAAUACACCUGACAAGAAAGUUUCGUUUUUAAAUAGCGAGAACCGAGAUACUUUUGAUCCAGAUGGAUUAAAGAAGAAACGAAAACAUCACAGCGGCCAAAGAAAGUUUUCAUUGCCAAUAGAAAACCCGGGAGGCAAAAAGAAACAUCAUCAUCACCAUCAUCAUGAGAAGGACAAAGAGACACCGCAUGAAGGAUUUCACAAGGAAGUCAGAAGGGUGUCUACACAGCCGGAAGACGAAGAACUGCGCGGUGCAGAUCGCGAUCAGCUCGACAGCCACAGAUCAGAUGAUCCGAGAGCUCUACGUCGCCAUAAGGCCUCCAUAAUGCAUAUCGGGAAAGGGGUUGAAUUGCAUCCCUUUUUGAAAAAACUUUAUGAUCAUAGCCCACAUGCGAUAUUCGUUGAAUUAAGUGAACUAUUAAAAGCAGAAGACCAAUCAGAGAAAGAAUGGAAAGAAACUGCCCGGUGGAUCAAAUAUGAAGAAGACGUUGAAGAAGGUGUUGACAGAUGGGGCAAACCACAUGUUGCAUCUCUAAGUUUUCAUUCUUUACUUAACUUAAGAAAAUGUUUAGAAAAUGGAGUGUGUAUCUUAGAUCUAGAAGAAAAAGAUCUACCAGCAAUAGCUUAUAGAGUUUCCGAAGACCUCUUUAAAGAAGAUUUAAUCAGAGAAGACGACAAGGGUCCUCUUAUGCGCGCCCUUUUGGUCCGUCAUAGACACGUAAACGAGCAACAUGACAGACGUUUCGGUUUCACCAAAAAUAAGCACAGUUACGCAUCAUUACAGUCCUACUGGAUGGGAGAAAGCGCCAAGUUAGACGCGGCCUUUUUGAUGCACUGCGCACAAUGCGCAGCGCAGGGUAGACUCUGCGCUGCGCACUUGGCAGUCAAAGGCCGCUCGUUUUCUGUCAUUGGGUUCACGCCUCAAAACCUGUACGAGUCAGAAAAACGCAAAAUCAGCUUCCCAGAAACGAAUUUGAAAAACGGCGACGCGGAACACAAACUGCUUCCGCCCAACGAGAGCCAUUUAAUAGACAUCAGAGACGAACUCUAUUCCGCCUCAAACGAAGACAUACGGAGGGCCAGAAACGAUGCUAUUUUGAAAAAAAUACCGGCAGAGGCUCAGGGUGCUUGUGUAUUGGUCGGAGAGGUGGAUUUCUUACAGCAACCCGCCAUUGCUUUCGUAAGAUUAGCCGAACCAGUAAUUAUACCCUCACUAAUUGAGGUUAAUAUACCGGCGAGAUUUAUAUUUAUUUUAUUGGGACCUAAGCUGCCUACCAUUGACUAUCAUGAGGUUGGUCGAUCCAUAUCCACCCUUAUGGCCAACCAGCAGUUCCAUAACAUAGCCUAUAAGGCCGACUCUAGAAAAGAACUAUUGUCAGCAAUUAACGAAUUCUUAGAUGACAGUAUUGUAUUACCACCGGGUGACUGGGAGCGGCAAGCUCUUCUUCCUAUAGAAGAAAUAAAGGCUAAAAGUGAUGCCAUUAAGAAAAGAAAACUCAAUGCUCUAAAGAAAGAACAAGAAGCUCAAGGUAUUAUUAAGCCUCUUUUGGCCGCGGAUGGUGGUGAUAAGAAGCCACCAUUUCCAAACCCUUUGGAACGUACAAGAAGACCAUGGGGAGGAUUGAUAAAUGACCUAAAACGUCGCUAUCCGCAUUAUCUUAGUGACAUAAAAGACGGUUUGAAUGCCCAGUGCGCCGCUGCCGCUCUUUUUAUGUAUUUUGCUGCGGUUAGUGGUGCAAUUGCCUUCGGGGGGCUAACGGGAAUCAAAACUAAAAAUCAAAUUGGAAUUAGUGAAACUUUGCUCAGUACUUGUUUGGCGGGAAUCGUAUUUGCUUUGUUUUGUGGUCAGCCACUUAUUAUUGUAGGAACUACAGGUCCGUUAUUACUUUUUGACGAAUCGCUGUUUCAAUUCUGCCAGGCGCAAGGAAUAGAGUUCCUGACCGUCCGGAUAUACAUAAGUUUAUGGCUGGUACUUAUUGGGAUAAUAGUUGCGGCCUUCGAAGGGAGCGUCCUCGUAAAGUUAUUUUCACGGUUCACCGAAGACAUUUUUUCGGCCCUCAUUGUGUUUCUGUAUAUCAUUGAAGCGAUUCAGAAGAUUUUUGCCGUUUACGAAACUCAUCCCAUUUUACCUAAUUAUUGUGAGUAUAAUUGGACUUCGUAUAGCAAUACUACGGAUAAUGAUACUUUAGGAUUAGACUAUCAAGAAAAUAUGACAAAUAUGGACGCGUCGUUCAUAGAAGUGAUUCAUAAGGAUAAAGUACCUUACCAUAACCAAUCUGGCAAUAUCAUCAACCAACCUAAUACGGCUUUAUUUUGUACGAUAUUAACUUUGGGUACCUUUGCCAUUGCUUAUUAUUUGAAGAUUUUUAGAAAUAGCCACUUUUUGGGACGAUCGGCAAGAAGGGCUCUCGGAGACUUCGGAGUUCCGAUAGCAAUAGUAAUAAUGGUAUUCCUGGAUUUUAUGGUGCCGCAAAUUUUCACCGAAAAGCUCCAGGUGCCCGAUGGUCUAUCACCCUCUUUGCCUGGACUAAGGGGUUGGUUCAUACCCCCAGGGGGCAUAGAAAAACCAUUGCCCCUAUGGGUAAUAUUCGCGGCCGCCAUUCCUGCCAUGCUGGUUUACAUUUUGCUGUUUAUGGAAACUCACAUUUGCGAAUUAAUUUUAAAUAAAAGCGAGCGAAAACUUCAAAAGGGUGCUGGUUACCACUUGGACAUCGUUCUUCUGUGCUUAAUUAACUUGAUGAGUGGAUUUAUCGGGUUUCCGUGGCAGUGCGCAGCUACUGUGCGUAGUAUUGCGCACACUAGUGCGCUCACUGUUAUGUCGAGGACGCACGCUCCGGGUGAAAAACCGUAUUUGAUCGAGGUUAAGGAGCAACGGCUUAGUAGCUUCAUCGUUGCUGUAUUGAUUGGCCUAUCAGUAUUUAUGUCUAGACUUCUCCAGCUGGUGCCUAUGGCGGUACUGUUUGGAAUCUUUCUCUAUAUGGGAGUGGCGUCCACUGAUGGCAUUCAGCUCUUUGAUCGACUUAGAAUGUUUUUCAUGCCCGUUAAGCAUCAUCCGCAAGCGUCGUACGUCAGAAAGGUGCGCACCGUCAAGAUGCACAUUUUCACCACUAUUCAGCUGAUGUGUCUGAUUAUCUUAUGGAUCGUUAAAUCAACAAAGGCGUCCCUAGCAUUCCCGUUUUUCUUGAUCAUGAUGGUCCCCCUAAGACACCAAUUGUCCAGGGUAUUUUCACAGAGGGAACUUAGAGCGCUCGAUGGUGACCAACCGGAUGCAGACGACGAUGAACCAGAUUUCUAUGCAGAAGCUCCCUUACCAGGAUAAAUAUCUUAUCUAAUAGUUUUUCCUAUUUUUCUAAUAUGAAAUAAGUAUUUUUCCCAGAAGCUCUAUUUUACUAUAUUAAAGUAUUUUUGCUUCCAGUGAUUAAAUUGGCCUAACUUUAAGCAGUAUUUAUUAAGUUUUAAAUACAUAUUUUACUAUAUACAUCCCCAACUUUGACUCACCAUAAAUGUACUUAAAAUAACAUAUUUUUAAAUAAGUAUUUUAGUGAUAUAGAAUAGGCCUUAUCCAACAAUAUUUUCAAAAAAGAUAGAUAGUAUAUAUUAGUAGAAAUAUAAAACUUAAGGACCCAUUUAUAAUAAAUUAUUUUAAAUAUUAAUUAGACUCUGUCUCAUUGUUAGUGUACAGUUCUUUAUAUUUUAUAGAAAUAGGCUUUAAUAAGGUUGGUUAGAAAAUAAAAAGUUUGAUUAAUUUUUUUCGUCCUAAUAGGUGUUGAAAAUAGUUUAAAACGCGUCUUUAUAAAAGCAAAAGGCAUUUCACGUGCCGGUGUAUGUGAUAAGCUUUUGAAAGAAUUAUUUUCAAUAUGAUAGAUAUGAAAUACCUGUUGCUGAAAAAUCAAAAUUAAUUAUGUUUAUGGCAUAGGCCCUACUUAUAUAAGGACGAAACAAAAGGUACAAGGGAUAUGGAAUCAAAAUAAAUAAAAGAUAUAAAACACUAAUGAGAACGUAGAUAGUAUUUUCUAACUGUGAUUUAAACAAUGAAUAGAUUAUUUUUAAGAAUCCGUUUUAUCUCUAUGUAAUUAAGCAAAUUUGUGGAACUAUCUAGCAUAUAGGUAGAAUCUUGUUAAUAUACAUAAUAUAAAUUAUUAUAGUUA